CCAGGUGUACACGGGAUCCCAGUUCACUAUCCCUAGGAUUCUGCGGAUGCACACAGGUACCUAUGCCUGUCUGGCUCAGAACACAUACCUCAACACCCGCACUCACAAGACCAUCAGCCUCACCGUCUACUGUGAGUAACCUCUGAGUUCUAACCCCUGACCUUUAACCCCUGACCUUUAACCCCUGACCUCCAAGCCCUGACCUCCAACCCCUGACCUUUAACCCCUGAUUCCCAUCACCUCUCUCUACCUUCAAUGGGAUACAUUUCAAAGUGCUUAAACACAUAAAAUAGUAAAAGAUAAAAACUAAACAUACCAAAAUUAUAUCAAAUAAAACAAUAGUAUAAUAACAGUCUAUCUGAGACUAAUAAAAAAUUAAAUAAGAUAUACAUCUAUAAAAUGGGGGAAAGUUAAUCAAAUAGAUUGUAUGUCUAAAAGCACCAUAAGUAACAGCACAGCUAAAAAAAAGUGUGUUUUUAAGAUCCUUCUUAAAAAUGUCUACAGUUUCUGAGGCCUUCAGAUCCUGUGGCAGGCUCUUCCAGUCCUUCCUUCCUCUUCCUCACCAAACGUUUUGGUUUUGACCUUUGGAACAACUAAAAGGCCAGUGCCAGACGAUUUGAGGGACCAACAGGGCACAUAUGUGACCCACCACCUGGAUGCCGUCCUAUGUAGCAAAAUCUGAAACGUUUUUUUUUACAUUGGAUAAAAGUAGAUACUUAGAGCUUGAACAUUUUAUAUUAUACAAUGUAGUUGAGUAACAAUGGGAAAGUAAUUCUGCUAGUAAAUGUCCCGUGAAAGUUUUGGUACACCAACUGCAGAGCUCUUCUUUGUCUACACCCAUUCAGCAUCGUUCACACCCUCUUAAGCCUUAGCCCCACCCAUCUCUUUAAGGAUUCACAUGUGAGGCCAUGUGCUAAACAGAGUGAAUAAGGUGGUGUAGUAAACAAUCAAAGAUUUCAAGCUAAAAGUGGUGAAAGUAGUGGCAAAAGGCAGUAGUAAAAAUACACUUUACCUUGGCCUAGUCUAUAUCCUAAUCUGACUUUGGUGCAGGUCAUGUUGUUCUUCACAUUGCCGUCUCUGGUAAACACACACUAUAUCAAAUAAAAUCAAAGUUUAUUUGUCAUUUGCACAGGAUACAGAAGGUGUAAACGGUACAUUCAAAUGGUUACUUGCAUAGUGGAGUCUUUUGUUUAGACAUGUAGCUAGCUAGCUAGCUAGUUAGCUAUCUUGCUAAACAAUGAACCAUAAUGCCUUCUCAUACUACUGUGGACCAUGCAUGAAUCUGUAGGUAGCUAAAGCUAACCAACUACAGUGCCUUGCAAACGUAUUCAUCCCCCUUGGCAUUUUUCCUAUUUUGUUGCAUUACAACCUGUAAUUUAAAUGGAUUUUUAUUUGGAUUUCAUGUAAUGGACAUACACAAAAUAGUCCAAAUUGGUGAAGUGAAAUGAAAAAGUAACUUGUUUAUUCAACAAAAAAAUAAAACGGAAAAGUGGUGCAUGCAUAUGUUUUCACCCCCUUUGCUAUGAAGCCCCAAAAUAAGAUCUGGUGCAACCAAUUACCUUCAGAAGUCACAUCAUUAGUUAAAUAAAGUCCACCUGUGUGCAAUCGAAGUGUCACAUGAUCUGUCACAUGAUCUCAGUAUAUAUACACCUGUUCUGAAAGGCCCCAGAGUCUGCAACACCACUAAGCAAGGGGCACCACCAAGCAAGCGGCACCAUGAAGACCAAGGAGCUCUCCAAACAGGUCAGGAACAAAGUUGUGGAGAAGUACAAAUCGGGGUUGGGUUAUAAAAAAAUAUCAGAAACUUUGAACAUCCCACGGAGCACCAUUAAAUCCAUUAUUAAAAAAUUGAAAGAAUAUGGCACCACAACAAACCUGCAAAGAGAGGGCCGCCCACCAAAACUCACGGAUCAGGCAAAGAGGGCAUUAAUCAGAGAGGCAACAAAGACACCAAAUAUAACCUUGAAGGAGCUGCAAAGCUCCACAGCGGAGAUUGGAGUAUCUGUCCAUAGGACCACCUUAAGCCGUACGCUCCACAGAGCUGGGCUUUACGGAAGAGUGGCCAGAAAAAAGCCAUUGCUUAAAGAAAAAAAUAAGCAAACACAUUUGGUUCACCAAAAGGCAUGUGGGAGACUCCCCAAACAUAUGGAAGAAGGUACUCUGGUCAGAUGAGACUAAAAUUGAGCUUUUUGGCCAUCAAGGAAAACGCUAUGUCUUGCGCAAACCCAACACCUCUCAUCACCCCGAGAACACCAUCCCCACAGUGAAUAGUUAUGCACACUCAAGUUUUCUGUUUUUUUGUCUUAUUUCAUGUUUGUUUCACAAUAAAAAUUAUUUUGCAUCUUCAAAGUGGUAGGCAUGUUGUGUAAAUGAAAUGAUACAAACCCCCAAAAAAUCUAUUUUAAUUCCAGGUUGUAAGGUAACAAAAUAGGAAUAAUGCCAAGGGGGGUGAAUACUUUCGCAAGCCAAUGUAGGUUCAAUGUUAACUAGCAAUGCAAAUUGAUUACACAGAUCAUACACGUAAAAUUAGCUAGUGAGCCAGCAAGCCAAAGUUCACUAGCUAGCUUACAGUACGCUUUAAUUUGCAAUGAAAAUGACUUUCUGACAAAAUUAGAAACGUAUAAUAUAGUUAGCUAGACUCUUACCCAUAUAAAUGGAUGGACGCUUCUCCCUCUCUGUCACAGAUGCCAUGGUUGCCCUUAGUUUGAAAGUGUAAUCCGGAGACAGGUGUUUUAUACACCAGCCUCCUGUGUUCUCUUUUCGACUCCCUACGCAUUUGGCAAUCAUCUCUCUGCUUCCACCGGGCAUCCCACUGAUUUCAAAACUUGGUCAACUUCUUCUGUGACAACAACACUGUUGAAUGUCGUUUCUUCCCCCAUCACUGUCAUGGAUUUCCUCAUCGUCUGAUUCAUUUUCAGAGUCAGAGAGAGUCAGCAUGGCACGAUCGUCCUCCAGAAAGUAGUCCAUCACAACUUUUCCCACUGAUCUUUGUCGAUAGCGCCAUUAACUUCAGGGUUAGGGUUAGGGUUAGGGUUAGGGUUAGGGUUAGGGUUAGGGCAAUGGGUUAGGGUUAGGGCAAUGCAACACUUUCUCAGUUUGGGCACUUUCUCCUGUAAAGUAGUGACAUGCGAAACGGGUCUGAGGGACCGACCGGAGGAUCUGAGGGACCGACCGGAGGAUCUGAGGGACCGACCGGAGGAUCUGAGGGACCGACCGGAGGAUAACAGCAUGUCAGACAUCUAUUCAGGUGGCAGAGGAUCUGAGGGACCGACCGGUCACAUAUCUUAACAGCAUGUCAGACAUGUAUUCAGCUGCAAGGCCACAUGGUGCUUUAAAAAUCAGAAUGGUCUCACUUGAGUUGCUUGUAUACAACUUGUUUAUAUAUUUGAUACUUUUUACGUUAUAAACAUUUUUUGUCCUUAUUUUUGACAAUCUUAAUUCACUUUCAUGGCAUUUUCUGUAAAUGCAAUAAUGCAACUUUUGACACAAAUCAACUACUUUGACCACUUUGCAACAACUUAGACGAACAGUUUGAGCGUUUAGCUCUUUGUCUACUUCUCUGCUACUCAAAUCUGGCUUUGAACAAAAAAUGAUAUUCUGAUAAAAAGUUACAGCUGUUUUAGUAACCACAUCAACAACAUUUUGUGUAUAUACUCGGAAUACAUAUCCCAAAGGAAAUAAAUGAUCUCACUCCAAUAAAAUUUUAUAGAAAGUUAGCAAAAAUAGAUAAGAUCUUGCUACCGUGGAAAAAUCACUCUGAUUAACUCUUUAGUAUUAUCCCAGUUUACCUAUUUGCUUAUGGUCUUGUCUACGCCUAGGGAACAGUUUUUUAAAUUAUAUGAGAAAAAAAUAUUCAAUUUUAUUUGGAAUUAAACGGGCCUAUUUAUAUAAUGAAUAUGAAUUCGGAGGACAGAAAUGAUUAAAUAUUAAAGCAUUAGACCUAUCACUAAAAGCUUCAGUCAUACAAAAGUUAUACUUAAAUCCGAACUGGUUCACUAGCAAAUUAGUAAGAUUGUCUCACCCAAUGUUCAAGAAUGGCCUUUUUCCCUUUAUUCAGAUUACAACCUCACACUUUCAGUUAUUUGAAAAGGAAAUCAUCUCCCAAAUAUCACUAUUUCUAAAACAAGUGUCACGCCCUGGCUCUGGGGACUCUAGUAUGUUGAGCCAGGGUGUGAGUUUUCAUUUGUGUUCGUUCUAGUAUUGUGUUUCUAUGUUGGCCAUUGUGGUUCUCAAUCAGAGGCAACGUGAAUCAGCUGUUGCUUGUUGUCUCUGAUUGGGACCCAUACUUAGUCAGCCUGUUUCCCACAGUAUGGUGUGGGAUCUUGUUCCUUUUGGUUUGUGUUUGUACCGUAGGACUUCACGUAUCGUUUGUUGUUUUGUUCGUGUAACAUUUAUAAAAAGCAUGUUCACCUUCCACGCUGCGCCUUGGUCCUCCUCUGUAUACGACGAUCGUGACAGAAGAUCCCACCAAUACAGGACCAAGCAGCGUGCCCAGGCAGGAGAGGAGAAGCGGCGCCAACCGGGCAGUCGUCGGACAGGCGAGGGGCACCCCCAAGACAUUUUUAGGGGGGGGCACAUGGCAGGGACGACGGGGCCACUGGAGGCAGAUAAGGGGCGAGUUGGUGGACGAGGAGAGAAGGCCACCGGGUUACGGGAGCCAUUGGUGUGUAGAGGGAAGGAAAAUGUAGAGGCACGGCGAGAGGUACUGAAGUGUGUUGCCAGUCCGUUCCGGCCCGUUCCUGAUCCCCGUGUAAGGCCAGUGGUGUGUGUUCCCAGUACGGUCCGGCCUGUUCCUGUCCAUCGCGCCAAGCCUAUGGUGCGCGUCGCCAGCCCGGCCCGGCCUGUUCCUGCCCCUCGCACCAAGCCUAUGGUGCGCGUCGCCAGCCCGGCCCGGCCUGUUCCUGCUCCCCGCACCAAACCUGUGGUGCGCAUCGCCAGCCCGGUCCGGCCUGUUCCUGCUCCCCGCACCAAACCUGUGGUGCGCAUCACCAGCCCGUGCCCGUUUCACCGGUGCCUGGUCAGGUACCGGUCAGCUGCUCCACACCGGAGCCUGAGCCAGUGGGGCUAGACCAGACCAGGGGCACUACGGGGGGGUUAGUAGAGGGUUGUGGUCAAGCCCGGAGCCGGAACCGCCUCCGAGGAGGAAUGCCCACCCAGCCCUCCCCUGUCCGCGCCUUUAGGGGGGGGGGGUACUGUCACGCCCUGGCUCUAGGGACUCUUUUAAGUUGAGCCAGGGUGUGUAGAGUUUAUGUUUUGUGCUCGUUGUGUCUAGUCUAGUUUUUGUAUAUCUAUGUUGGCCAGAGUGGUUCUCAAUCAGAGGCAACGAGUAUCAGCUGUUGCUGGUUGUCUCUGAUUGGGAACCAUAUUUAGUCAGGUGGUUUUCCCACAGUGUUUGUGGGAUCUUGUUCCGUGUUGUUCCAUGUUUUGCACCUGUGGACGUCACGUAUCGAUUUGUUGUUUUGUUCGUGUAUCAUUUAAUAAAAAGUAUGUUCACCUUCCACGCUGUGCCUUGGUCCUCUAUAUCCGACGAUCGUGACAGAAGAUCCCACCAGAACUGGACCAAGCAGCGGGUCCAGGGGCCAUCGCCAGGGAAAUCUCUAGCGGAUAUCCAGCGCCUCCUCGACUGGGUCAAGCCGUGUGAGCAAGAGAGGGGCUUGACUUGGAAGCAGAAGGGCGAAAGGCUGGCGAGAGAUAUGGAGACCUGGUCCACGGGAAGGAGAGAAGCCCAGAAAAUUUUUAGGGGGGGGCUCAUGCCGUGGACGACGGGGCAGCAGGAGACCGCGAUAGAGCGGCCCAGCGGGUUGGCAGAGGAGGCCGCCAGGUUACGGGGGCCACUGGUCAAAAAGGGGAAGGAAGGUGUAGAGGCACGGCGAGAGGUACUGGGGUGUGUUACCAGUCCGGUCCGGCCCGUUCCUGAUCCCUGCGUAGGACCAGUGGUGUGUGUCCCCAGUACGGUCCGGUCUGUUCCUGUCCCUUGCACCGAGCCUGUGGUGCGCGUUGCCAGCCCAGUCCGGUCCAUUCCUGCUCUCCGCACCAAGUCAGUGGUGCGCUUCGUCAGCCCGGUCCGGCCCGCUCCUGCUCCCCGCACCAAGCCAAUGGUGCGCGUCGCCGGCCCGGCCCGGCCUGUUCCUGCUCCCCGCACCAAGCCAAUGGUGCGCGUCGCCGGCCCGGCCCGGCCUGUUCCUGCUCCCCGCACCAAGCCUAUGGUGCGCAUCGCCAGCCCGGCCCGGCCUGUUCCUGCUCCCCGCACCAGGCCAAUGGUGCGCGUCGCCAGCCCGGUCCGGCCAGCUCCUGCUCCCCGCACCAAGCCAAUGGUGCGCGUCGCCAGCCCGGUCCGGCCCGCUCCUGCUCCCCGCACCAAGCCUAUGGUGAGCGUCGCCAGCCCGGUCCGGCCCGUUCCUGCUCCCCACACCAAGCCAGUGGUGUGCAUCGUCAGUCCGGCACGGCCCGUGCCUGUUCCACCGGUGCCUGGUCCGGCACCGGUCAGCUGCUUCACGCCGGAGCUAGAGCAAUCCGCUCCACCAGUGUGCAGUCCAGCUCCGGCCAGCGGGGCCAGACCGGACCAGGGGUACUUUGGGGGGUUGGAGAGGGAGUGGGGAUCAGGCCCGGAGCCGGAUCCGCCGCCAAGGCGGAGUGCCCACCCGGUCCCUCCCCUGUGGUGUUUGGUUGGCGCGGCCGGAGUCCGCGUUUGGGGGGGGGUACUGUCACGCCCUGGCUCUGGGGACUCUAGUAUGUUGAGCCAGGGUGUGAGUUUUCAUUUGUGUUCGUUCUAGUAUUGUGUUUCUAUGUUGGCCAGUGUGGUUCUCAAUCAGAGGCAACGUGAAUCAGCUGUUGCUUGUUGUCUCUGAUUGGGACCCAUACUUAGUCAGCCUGUUUCCCACAGUAUGGUGUGGGAUCUUGUUCCUUUUGGUUUGUGUUUGUACCGUAGGACUUCACGUAUCGUUUGUUGUUUUGUUCGUGUAACAUUUAUAAAAAGCAUGUUCACCUUCCACGCUGCGCCUUGGUCCUCCUCUGUAUACGACGAUCGUGACAACAAGCCAUAGAAAGUUGGUUGCAAUUUCAAUUUAAUCCUCCAGAAACGACAGAACAAAUAAUGCAACAAAUAUUGUGGUUAAACUCAAAUAUACUAAUAGACAAAAAAACUUGACAAAAUGUUUAAAAAAGGUAUAAUCUUGGUAAAUGAUAUAAUCGGUAGGACUGGUGGAGUUAUUUACAUUUUCAUUUACAUUUUAGUCAUUUAGCAGACGCUCUUAUCCAGAGCGACUUACAGUUAGUGAGUGCAUACAUUAUAUAUAUUUUAAUACUGGCCCCCCGUGGGAAUCGAACCCACAACCCUGGCAUUGCAAACGCCAUGCUCUACCAACUGAGCUACAUCCCUGCCGGCCAUUCCCUCCCCUCCCCUACCCUGGACGAAUUGUGCGCCGCCCCAUGGGUCUCCCGGUCGCGGCCGGCUACGACAGAGCCUGAAUACGAACCAGGAUCUCUAGUGGCACAGCUAGCACUGCGAUGCAGUGCCUUAGACCACUGCGCCACUCGGGAGACACAUGUUAUGUCGCACAUGCAGCUAACAAAAACAUAUGGAAAUGUCUGCUCUACCCAAAAUUACAACCAAAUAAUUGCAGCCUUACCGCAAAAAUGAAAGAGGAAAGUGGAAGGGGGAGAAAGUAAGGAACUUGUCUGUCGGCCCUGCAUUAAAUAACAUAAUUGCUUAAAGAAAACUGUGAUAAAUAAAAAUGUAUACCAGUUUCAUUUAAGGACCAAAGGAUUGACAGCCGUCUCAUAUAGAUUGCAAAAUAGUUGGGAAGAGAUUUUUGACAUACCGAUCCCAUGGCAUAGUGUUUAUGAACUGAUACGCAAAACGACACCGUAUUCAAAACUUAGAAUCUUUCAAUUUAAAUUAUUAUAUAAAAUUCUUGCUACAAAUAGAAUGUUAUUUAUAUGGGGGAUACAAUCUUCCCAGCUCUGCAGAUUUUGCUGCGAAGAGACAGAAUCAUUAGAUCAUUUGUUUUGGUACUGUCCAUUUGUAGCUUGUUUUUGGACACAGGUCCAGGAAUGGCUAAAGGAUUGCAAUAUUUACCUGGAGCUAACCCUGCAGAUAGCAUUACUGGGUGAUCUGAAAAGUCAUAGUCAAUCAAUCAAUAAUAUAAUAAUACUUUUAGCAAAAAUGUUUAUUUUCAAUUUACACUCUGUAGAAACAAUGAGAAUAUAAAGGUUCAGAACUUUUGUAAAACAUCACAGUACAGUUGAAAAAUAAAUGGCAAAUAGAAAUCCUAUAUGGAUGGUGUUAAGAGAUAGAUGGGUGGUGUUGAAUGGAGUUGAAGGAUGGGACUAAUAACAACUAACAACAACUAAUAACAAGACAACUAAUAAUGUAAGCAUACUGUGUCCAUAAUAAGUACAUAGGUUAUAGGUUGAGAGCUUUUGUGAAAGAGCACAGUUAGAAAGAUAUGGCAUAUAGAAGCAAACCGGAUGGACAUCAUGAAAAUGACCGGAGAGGUUGAGAGUAGAGGAAGUUUCAGGAGUAAAAACAAACAAAAUAUAAUUAUUAUAAAAUUGACUGUGUCCAUAAAAUGUAUAUAGCAGGUAUAAACUGGAAGUAGAGGCCUAAGCAUUGUUGUUCACUAGUUUACUCCAAUUAGGGAAGGGGUGGUGGGGUUGGAAAGUAAUAAAGGGGAAUAUAAAAUAAAUAAAAAAUAAAUAAAAUAUAUAUAACAACAUUUUGUGUAACUUUUUUGCAAACAACUGCCGUUUUGAGCACUACCCAAAUAAGUUGGACAACAAGUUAGAGGGUGUGAAAUAUUAGUCUACUUCUCUGCUAUUCAUAUCUGUUCACUGAACCAAAUAGUCACUACGGAUCUUACAGUACAGCUGCUAUAUUAACUGCAGUACCACAUUUUUACCACUCCCCCAACAAGUCAGACAAAAACAUAGCGGGUAUGAAAGCCUCCCCUACUUCUCUGCUUGUCAAAUCUGAAAACAGGUUAGGAAUAGCCUCUACCAAUCUGUAGAUACAUGUAGAGCUGUUUUAAUAACCCAUCAACUGCUCUCUUUCUAGCUGCAGUAAAUCAUGUCUGAAGCUAGCAGAUUAAUUAUUUACCAACAAAAGCUGCACAUUCCAAUAAAACCACAUCAGGUUUUGAAGUUCACUUUCCUUGCUUUGUGUAACAACACUAUCAUGAAUCUAGCAAAUACAUUUUGUGGUUCAGAGUGCAUUAUUUAGUUAAUAUUAAAGCACAAACUUACUGCUUUAGCCAAAAAGGAGCAGUGUUGCCAAGGCUACUGUUGAAUGAUUGUCUUAAAAGCUCUUCAAAUUCCCAUGAUUUGACAAUCUGUUUCAGACCGAACAGCUAGCGCUAAGAAUACUUUCCCAGUCUGGAGCGCCUGGAAUGAUGAAGGGAAGAUUUGUAAUGCUUACUAGAUUUGUCCUCCUUUUCCAGAAUCAUGCUCCAUGCUCCAUAUAACUUAACUGGCUGGUUUGCCUGUCUCAAAAGAGAAGGGUGGGCUGUAUCCCUCUGAUUGGAUUGAGAGGAUUAGGAGUACCUUCUACUAAUAAGAAGUUACACUACUGACCACACCUACUGACCACACAGCUACAGACCACAACUACUGACCACACAACUACUGACCACACACCUACUGACCACACAGCUACUGACCACACAGCUACUGACCACACAACUACUGACCACAACCACACAGCUACUGACCACAACUACUGACCACACAGCUACAGACCACAACUACUGACCACACAACUACUGACCACACACCUACUGACCACACAGCUACUGACCACACAGCUACUGACCACACAACUACUGACCACAACCACACAGCUACUGACCACAACUACUGACCACACAGCUACUGACCACAACUACUGACCAAAACUACUACUGAACACAACUACUGAACACAAAACUACUGACCACAACCAAACAAGUACUGAUAACAUACCUACUGACCACUCAACUGCUGACCACAACUACUGACCACAACCACAUUUCUGACCACAACCACACUUCUGCUGACCACAUCUAGUCGCCACAACCACAACCAAACAACUUCUGAACACACAACUACUGACCACAACCACACAACUACUGACCACAACCAAACUACUGCUGACCACAUCUAGUUACCACAACCAAAACCACACAACUUCUGAACACACAACUACUGACCACAACCACACAACUUCAAACCACACACCUACUGACCACUCAACUGCUGACCACAACAACUGACCACAACCACACUACUUCUGAUCACAACAACACUGCUGCUGACCAUACAACUACUGAACACAACCACACAACUACUGACCACAACCCCACAACCUCUGACCAAAACCACACAACUUCUGACCACAUCUAGUGAACACAACACACAACAACCACUACACACACUAUGACCCAAAAAAUACCACCUACUGGGCCCACAACCACCACAAGCUACUGACCACAACUACUGACCACACAGCUACUGACCACAACUACUGACCACAAAGCUACUGACCACAAAACUACUGACCACACAGCUACUGACCACAAAAUAUGCAACCACCCCAGCUACUGAACCCCAACUACUGACCAAAAAAUACGACCACACAACACUGACCACACACACUCUGGACCACAAUAAUGACCAAAACUAACUGACACCCCACCUUCUGACCACCAAAAAAUACUGACCAAAAACAACUUUACACAACCACCCCAACCCCAAUUUUGACCACAACCAACUCUGCUGCGACAUUAGUACCCAAAACCAACAAAACUUUCUGACACCCCACAACUUUGACCACACCAAACAAUACUGAACACAACCAAACAAACUUCGGACCACAAACUAAGACCCCAACCAAAACUUCUGACAACAACCACACAAAUCUGACCACAUCUAGUCACCACACCCACAACCAAAACAACUUCUGAACCCCACAACCACGACCACAAAUUUUCCACACAAUACUUACCAAAAAACCACCAACUUCACCACACAAACUUCUGAAAACCCAAAAUUCUGACAAACACCACACACCCCAAAAUUCUGCCACACAAACUUUGACCACAACCACACAAAAUACUGAAAAACCCCCACAAAAAACUGACCCCAACAACCACAACUACUUACCACAUUAGUCCCACAAACACUACUACUGAAACAACCACGCAACUACUCACCACAAACCACACACAAUUCUGACAAACAGACUGCACUGACUUAAAUGAAACCCCAAAAAUAUGACACCCCCAACUUCUGACCACAACCACACAAACUUCUGACCCACAACCCACAAAAAAUUUUUGACCCCAAAAACCCCCAAAAACUACUGACCCCAAAAACCAACUACUGACCCCAUUAGUGACCAAAACCCCACACUACUGACAAACAAACAAAUCUGACACAAACGCUUACCAUGUAGGACCCCCAACCACAAUUUUGACAACAACCACAUGAAACCCCAACCAACCCCAACUACUUAAAAACCCCACCCACCACACAACUCUGACCAAAACACACAAAUUCUGAUUAAACCCAAAAAACAAACAACCUUUUAACAAACCACAUUUAUGCCAUAAACACAAACUACUGACCAACAACCACAAUUCUGGGCACAUUUUGACCAACCACUACUGACAACAACCACACCCAAAAAUUUUGACCAAAAACCACACAACUCUGACCCAAUUCUAUUGACACAACCACAAACUUUGACCAAAAACCCCACAACUUGAAACCCCACCACACAAACUAAAUAAUUAAACACUACUGGAAAACCCCCAAAUUUUGACCACAAACUAACUGACCAAAACCCCCUUUGAACUUACUACAAAACAACUACUACGAUAACCAAAACCCCAAAAACUUCUGACCACAACCACACCCUAUGGCCAUAAACACACAAACUACUGACCCCAAACCACAAUUUGAGAAAAAACAACUACUGACAAACAACAAAUGCAACAACUAUGACCAAAACCCAACCAACACAAAUUUCCAUAGCCACAAAAACACACAAACUACUGACCCUCAAUUUACCACAACUCUGACACAACACAAACUCUGGGCCACAACCACACAACUUUUGACCCCACCACACAACCACGACCAAAAACCCAAAUUCUCCACCCACAAUUUUCUGACCCCAACCACACAAUUUCGACCAAAAACCACAUAACUAAUGACCACAACCCCACUAACUAAUGACACAAUUAAAAUUGACAACCAACUAAUGACAAAAAAACUCAACUGACCCCAAAAAACCCCAAAACUUCUGAAACCACAACAAAACAACUAGCCACCAACACUGGGCCAACUAGGACAACCACACAACUCUGAAAAAACACAACUUCUGACCACAACCAACAACUGUGGAACAACAUCUAUGACCACAACCAUAACUAUGACAACAACUACACAAACUCCAUACCACAAACUUUUGACCAAAACCCCAAACUUCUGACCCACAAACCCCAACUAGAAACCCCAAUCAGAAAACUUGACCACAAACCACACAAUUUUAAAAAACCACACAACCACUGAACCCCAACCAACUUGCUACCACAACACCACACAUAUGACCACAACCACACAAUUCUGACCACAACACACAAUUUUGACCAAACCCAAACUUGAACACAACUAGUGAAAAAAACUAGUAUGACCCCAAACAACAAUGAAAAAAACACCAAAAUCUGACCCCAACCAACAACUUCUGACCCACUCCCCCAACUAUUUACCACAACUACUGACCCCAACCACACAACAUUCUGACCACAAACCACACAAACUACUGACACACAACCACACAACUUCUGACCAAAAUACGUGGCCACAACCACAAAACUACUAAAAACAACCCAAACUUUUUAAAACAAAACUCUACCAAAUUUAACACAACCACACAACUAAUGACCACAAUCACACAACUACUGAGCACAACCAAACAACUUCUGACACAUCUAGUGACCACUACCACACAAAUACUGACCACAACCACACUGCUUCUGACCACAACCACAUACCUGCUGGCCACAACCACAGAGCUUCUGACAACACAACAACUGACAACUCAACUACUGACCAUAACUACUGACAGAAACCACACAACUUCUGAAUACUACCACACAACUUCUGACCACAACCACACAACUUCUGACCACAACCACACAACUUCUGAACACAACCACACAAUUUCAGACAACCACAAAACUUCUGAUGUAAACCACAGUCAGUCAGUCAUCUACAAAACCACACAGCCUCUAACCACAAAACUACUUACCAUUCAUCUACUGACCACAACUACUGACCACAACCACACAACUACUGACCACAACCACACAACUUCUGACCACAACCACACAACUAAUGACCACAACCUCAUAACUAUUGAUGACACAACUAGUGACAACUUAACUACUGACAACAACUAAUGACAAAAACCACUCAACUGCUGAUCAAAACCACACAACCUUGAACCACCAAACUAUGACCACAAACCUACUGAGCACAACCAAAAACCAUGACAAUCUAGUGCCACUACCACACAAAUACUGACCACAACCACACACUUCGACCACAAACCACAUACCCGCUGGCCACAACCCAAACUAUGACACAAACCCAAAAAUUUAAACCAAACUACUGAACCAAAAAAACUACUGACAAACCACACAAAAUUCUGAAAACAAACCCCACAACUUUUGACCCAACCACCCCAAUUUGACCACAACCAACAAUUUUUGAACACAACCACAAUUUCAAACAACCACAAAACUUCUUUGAAACCCCAUCUAGUAACAAACCACAACCCCUAACCACCAAAACAACUUUAAAAAACCCCUAUGACCACAAAACCCCUGAAAAAAACAACCCACACACAACUACUGACCACAACCACACAACUUCUGACCACAACCACACAACUAAUGACACAACCCAAAACUUUGGGCAAAUAGUGACCCAAAAAAACUUACAACAACAAACAAAAACCAUCAACCAAAAACCAACCCCAAUUUGACACACCAAAUAAGGGCACCACAAACUACUGAGCACAACCAAACCACCCUGACACAUUAGUGACCACUACCCCACAACUACUGACAAAAACCACCACAACUUCUGACCACAACCACUACCCGCUGGCCACAAACCACAUAACUACUGACCACAACCCAGAACUUUGAAACCCCAACAAAUGACAAACUCAACUACUAACCAAACUACUGACAAAAACCACACAACUUGAAAACCACACAACUCUGCCACUCAACCACCCCAACUUCUGACCACAACCAACAAUUCUGACCACAACCAAACACAAUUUACCACAACCACAAAACUUCAUGAAAACCCCAUCUAGUAACACUACAAAAAAACUCUACCACAAUCACCAAUUCUGAAAAAACAACCACAAACUGACCACAAAACCCCAAAAAACUUCUGAACAAACACAACUUCUGCAAAACCCCAAAUUAUGGACCCACAACUACUGGACCACAAACCCCACAACUUCUGACAACACCAAAACUUAUGAAAACCCACACAACUCUGACCAAAUAUGACCACAACCACACAACUUUUCCACAACCCCAAAACUUCUACCACAACCCAAAAUUUUGCAAACCACAAUUUUGAAAACACAACCAAAAAACAGAUGACACAAUCCCAACAACUACUGACCCCAACCAAACAACUUCUGACCCCAAACCCCAAGUUUACCACUACCACACAACUACUGACCACAACCACAAUUUCGAACAACCAUACCUUGGCCACAACCACAAAACACUGACCACCCCCAAAAACAGACCACAACACAACAACUGACCACUCAAUUACACUGACCAAACUAUGACACAACACACAACUUCUAAUUUCUACCCAAACCAAAAAUUCUGACCAAAACCACCAACUCUGACCACAACCAACAACUUCUGACCCCAAACCCCAAAAAUUCGGACAACCACAAAACUUCUGAAAAACCCCCACAAUACUACAAACCACACAACCUCCUAAACCACAAAAACUACUUAAAAACCAUCAUCUACUACCAACCCAAAACUGCCAACCCACAAAUAUGACCAAACCACACAAAAUUUGACACAAACACACAACUCUGACAAAACCAAAAAACUUCUGACAAAAAACCAAAACAAACUACUGACCACAACCACAACUUCUGAAAAACCACAAACUUCUGAAAAAACCAAAAGCCACACAAUUUGAAAACCCCAACAAAUGACCACAACACACAAACUUCUGACCCCAAAACACCCCAACUUCUGGAAACACCACAACUCUGACAAAAACCACACCCUUUCAGGGCCAAACCACAAAACCCAAAAACCAACCAACAUAACUACUGACAAAAAACCCACAACCACACAUUUGACCACACCACAUAAAGACCAACACCACAAAACUACUGACCAAAACCACACAAUUUCGACCACAUUAGUGACACUCCACAAAACUAAAGACCACAACCACAUAACUACUGACAACAACCACACAGCUUCUGACCACAUCUAGUGACCACUACCACAAAACUAAAGACCACAACCACAUAACUACUGACAACUCAACUACUGGCCACAACUACUGACCAAAACCACACAACUUUGACCACAACCACACAACUACUGACCCUCAACUGCUGACCAUAACCACUGAACACAACCACACAAUAUCCGACCACAACUAACCAACUACUGACCACAACCACACAACUUCUGAAUACCUCCACACAACUAUGGACCAAAACCACACAACUUCUGACCACAACCACACAACCACAUCCACACAACUUCUGACCACAUCUAAGAUCCACUACCACAUUACUACUGUCAACAACCACACAACUUCUGACCACAACCAAAGACUGCUUCCCACAUCUAUUGACCACAACCACAUACUGCUGACCACAACCACACAACUUCUGACAACAACCACACAACUACUGAUAACACACCUACUGACCACUCAACUGCUGACCAGUACUUCUGACCACAGCCACACAACUUCUGAAAACAACCACACAACUUCUUUCGACAUCUAAUGACCACAACCAGAGAACUACUGAAAAUAACAAUACAACUUCUGACCACAACCACACAGCUGAUUACAACAGCUAGUGUCCACAACCACAUAACUACCGACCACAACCACACAACUUCUGACCACACAACUACUUACCACUCAUCUACUGACCAAAACUACUGACCACAACCAUACAACUUCUUACCACAACAUGCACAACUAGCAAUAAUGCCAUAGAGGGUGCGGUGUAUGGCCUAUAUACCACGGCUAAGAGCAACGCGGAGUGCCUGGAUACAGCCUUAGCCAUGGUACAUUGGCCAACACACCCCUGAGGUGCCUUAUUGCUUUAUUAUAAACUGGUUACCAACGUACACAACUACUGACCACAACCACGCAACUUCUGACCACAACCACACAUCCUCUGACCACAUCUACUGAACACAACCACACAGCUACUGACAACAACCGCACAACUUCUGACAACAACCGCACAACUUCUGACCAAAACCACACAACUUCUAACCACAACCACACAACUACUGACCACAACUACUGACCACAACCACACAACUACUGACCACAACUACUUACCACAACCACACAGCUACUGACAACAACCAAACAACCACACAUCUUCUGACCACAUCUACUGAACACAACCACACAGCUACUGACAACAACUGCACAACUUCUGACCACAACCACACAACUUCUAACCACAACCACACAACUACUGACCACAACUACUGACCACAACCACACAACUACUGACCACAACUACUUACCACAACCACACAGCUACUGACAACAACCGCACAACUUCUGACCACAACCACACAACUGCUAAUCACAUCUGUUGACAACAACCACUAAACUACUGACCACAACCACAAAACUUCUGAUAACACACAUACUGACCACUCCCACACAACCUCUGAGCACAAACACACUACUGCUGACCACAACCACACAACUUCAAACCACACAACAUCUGACCACAACCACACAAUCACAACCACACAACUUCUGACCACAUUUAGUGACCACAACCACACAACAACUGACCACAACCACAUAACAACUGACCACAUCUAGGAUCCAACAUCACACUACUACUUACAACAACCACAGAAAUGCGGACCACAACCAUACAAUUGCUUAUCACAUCUAGUUACCACAACCACACUCCUACAGACCACAGCCAAGCAACUGACAACAAAACUACUGACCACUCAUCUACUAAACACAACAGCUGAAAGCAACCACACAAUUUAUGACCACAACAACACAACUGCUGAUGAUAUGUAGUGACCACAAACACAUAACUACUCACCACAACAACACUACUACUGACAACAACCACAUUACUUCUGACCACAACCACACAACUGCUUAUCACAUCAAGUGACCACAACCCCACAGCUGCUGACUACAACCACACAACGUAUGAUGACAACCACACAACAUCUAGAGAACACAACAACACAACUACUGACAACAACCACACAACUACUGACCACAACCACACAACUUGUGAUCACAUCUUGUAAACACAAACAAAAAGCUACUGACAGCAACGACACAACUACUAACCAAAACCACAAAACUGCUUACAACACAACUACUUACCUCUCAUCUACUGACCACAACUACAGACCACAACCACACAACUUUUGACCACAACCAUACAACUUCUGACCACAACCAAACAAUUUCUGACCACAUUUAGUGACCUCUGCCACACAACUACUGACAACACCCACACAAUUACUGACAACAACCACACAACUUCUGACCACAACCACAUAACUGCUGACCACAACCACCCAACUUCUGACCACAAACACACAACUUCUGAUGAAAACCACACAACUACUGACCACAACCACACAACUUCUGACCACAACCACACAACUACUGAUAACACGACUACUAACAACUCAACUGCUGACCACAACUACUGACCACCACCACAACAACCAUACAACUUAUGACCACAAGCACACAACAGCAUACAACACAUAGUGACCACAACCACACAACAACUGAACAUAACCACACAACUUCUGACCACUCAUCUAAUGAUCACAACUACUGACCAAAACCCAAAAAACCUCUGACCACAACCACACAGUUACAGACAGCAACCAAACAACUUCUGACAACAACCACACAACUGCUUACCACAAUUAGCGACCACAACCACACAACUACUGACCAUAACCACACUACUAAUGACCACAACCACACAACUGACAACAAAACUACUGACCAUUAAUCUGCUGACCACAACAACUGACCACAACCACACGGCUUCUGACCACAACCACACUACUGCUGUCAACAUCUACUAACCACAAUCACAUAACUACUGACCACAACCACACAACUACUGACCACAACUUAACAACUUCAGACCACUCAACUACUGACCACUCAACUGCUUAUCACAACUACUGAUCACAACCACACAACUACUGACCACAACCACACAACUGCUUUCAAUAUCUUUUGACCACAACCACACAACUACUGACCACAACCAUACCAUUUCUAACCACAAUACACAACUACUGAUAACACACCAACUGACAACUCAACUGCUGACCAAAACUUCUGACCACAACCACUCAGCUUCUGACCACAACCACACAACUACUGACCACAACCACACAACUUCUGACAACAUAACAACUGACCAAUCAUCUACUGACCACAACUACUGAACAAAACCACACAGCCUCUAACCACAAAACUACUUACCAGUCAUCUACUGACCACAACUACUGACCACAACCACACAACUACUGACCACAACCACACAACUUCUGACCACAACCACACAACUUCUGACAACAGCAACAAAACUUCUGACGAAAAACCACACAACUACUGACCACAACCACACAACUUCUGACAACCACAAAACUUCUGAUGAAAACCACAGUCAGUCAGUCAUCUACUGACCACAACUACUGACCACAACCACACAACUUCUGACCACAACCAUAUAACUUCUGACCAUCACCACACAACUACUGACCACAACCACACAAUUUCAGACCACAUUUAGUGACCUCUGCCACACAACCACUGACAACACCCACUGACAACACCCACACAACUACUGACCACAACCACAACACUUCUGACCACAUCUAGUUACCACUACCACACAACUACUGACAACAAUCACACAACUUCUGACCACAUCUAGUGACCACAACCAUACAACUUCUGACGAAAACCACUCAACUACUGACCACAACCACACAACUUCUGACAAUUGUCACGCCCUGGCUCUGGGGACACUGUUAUGUUGAGCCAGGGUGUGUAGAUCUAUGUUCCGUAUUUCUGUGUUGGCCUGAGUGACUCCCAAUCAGAGGCAACGAGUGUCAGCUGUUUUCUGGUUGUCUCUGAUUGGGAGCCAUAUUUAAUCUGUCGGUUUUUCCUUUGGUUUUGUGGGUUCUUGUUCGUGUUGGUUUGUGUUUAAACCAUAGACGUCACGUUUUUUCGUUUGUUGUUUUGAUCAUGUGAUCAUUAAAUAAAUAUAAAUAUGUUCAACUACAACGCUGCGCCUUGGUCUCUCCCUGACGAUCGUGACAACAAUGACCCCAAAACGUCUGACCACAACCACACAACUUCUGACCACAACCACACAACUUCUGACCACAACCACACAACUUCUGACCACAACCACACAACUUCUGACCACAACCACACGACCACUGAUAACACAACUACUGACAACUUAACUGCUAACCACAAUUACUGACCACAACCACACAACCUCGGACCACAAACACACUUCUGCUUACCACAUAUAGUCACCACAACCACAAGCACACAACUUCUGACCACAACCACACAACCACUGAUAACACAACUACUGACAACUUAACUGCUAACCACAAUUACUGACCACAACCACACAACCUCGGACCACAAACACACUUCUGCUUACCACAUAUAGUCACCACAACCACAACCACACAACUUCUGACCACAUAACUACUGACCACAACCAUUCACUUCUGACCGCAAGCACACAACUGCUUACUAAAACCACACAACUUCUGAACACAACUUCUGACCACAACCACACAACCUCAGACCACUCAACUACUGACCACUCACUUGCUUACCACAACUACUGACCACAACCACACAACUUCCAACCACAACCACACAACUGCUGACCACAGUGUCUGACCACAACAACACAACUUCUGACCACAACCACACAACUGCUUAAAACAGCUAGUGACCACAAUCACACAACUACUCACCACAACCACACAACUUCUGAAAACAUAACGACUGACCACUCAUCUACUGACCACAACUUCUGACCACAACCACACAACUUCUGACCACAACCACACAACUUCUGACCACAACCACACAACUACUGACCACAAGCACACAACUUCUGACCACAAACACACAACUACUGACCACAACCACACAACUUCUGACCACAAACACACAACUACUGACCACAACCACAUAACUUCUGACCAUCACCACACAACUACUGACCACAACCACAAAAUUUCAGACCACAUUUAGUGACCUCUGCCACACAACCACUGACAACACCCACUGACAACACCCACACAACUACUGACCCCAACCACAACACUUCUGACCACAUCUGGUUACCACUACCACACAACUACUGACAACAAUCACACAACUUCUGACCACAACCACACAACUAAUGACCAGAUCCACACAACUUCUGACCACAACCAAACUACUGCUGACCACAUAUAGUCCUAACAACCACAACCACACAACUUCUGACCACACAACUACUGACCACAACCACAUAAAUAUUGACCACAACCAUUCACUUCUGACUGCAAGCACACAACUGCUUACUACAACCACACAACUUCUGACCACAUCUACUGACCACAACCACACAAUUCCUGACCACAACCACAAAACUGCUUCCCACAUCUUUUGACCACAACCACACAGCUACUGACCACAACCAUACAAUUUCUAACCACAACCAUACAACUACUGACAACAACCACACAAUUUCUGACAACAACCACAAAACUGCUUCCCACAUCUUUUGACCACAACCACACAGCUACUGACCACAACCAUACAAUUUCUAACCACAACCAUACAACUACUGACAACAACCACACAAUUUCUGACAACAACCACAAAACUGCUUCCCACAUCUUUUGACCACAACCACACAGCUACUGACCACAACCAUACAAUUUCUAACCACAACCACACAACUACUGAUAACACACCAACUGACAACUCAACUGCUGACCACAACCACACAGCUUCUGACCACAACCACACAACUUCUUACGAAAACCACACAACUACUGACCACAAACACACAACUUCUGACCACGACCACAAAACUUCUGACCACAACUACACAACUCCUGACCACAACCACACAAGUUGUGACCACAUCUAGUGACCACAACCACACAUCUAUUGACCACAACCACACAACUUCUGACCACAAACACACAACUACUGAUAACACACCUACUGACCACUCAACUGCUGACCACAACUACUGACCACAACUACUGACCAAAUCUACUGACCACUAUUGACUAUAGUAGGGAAUUUUAAAUUAUUUCACUAUUCAAAUAAUAUAAUUAAACUACAACUUUUUUAAACUUCUUUCAAUACCACAAAAAUACAUUUAAAGAGCUUUAGCAAUUCCCACAACAUUACUAAUAAAGUUAGUAUCUAGUUCUUAAAUAGUAAAAAGCUGAUUUUGUCACAUUACUGAUGUGUGAGUCUAAAAUCACACCUAGGUUUUUAGCCUUCAGGGUUGCAAUAGUGCCAGAGAAUUUGACUAACUGUCUAGGCCAGGCUAUUGUGCAAUAGUGCCAGAGAAUCAGUUUCUCUCUAUGGGCCUCAGAUUUGUCUUUUUGUAGCUGUAGGAAGUUUUCUGAAAUCAUUUUAGUGAUCCUUUCUACUGCUUCUCGCUCUCCUCUCCAUAUGGCCUCGCCUCUCUCUCUCUCUCUCUCUCACACACACACACACACACACACACACACACACACACACACACACACACACACACACACACACACACACUCUUACUCACACUCACACUCACACUCACAAACACACAAACACACACACAAUAACAACACAGUCAACACAGUGUUGCGCUGUAUGUUGUCCCCGUGUCCCCCAGACCCUCCAGAUGGUUCCCCCUCCUGCUCUGUUCUGCCAGCAAUGAACUACUCCUCCCUCAACCUGAGCUGUUCAUGGCCACAACCACACAACUUCUGACCACAACCACACAACUUCUGACCACAACCACACAACUUCUGACCACAACCACACGACCACUGAUAACACAACUACUGACAACUUAACUGCUAACCACAAUUACUGACCACAACCACACAACCUCGGACCACAAACACACUUCUGCUUACCACAUAUAGUCACCACAACCACAAACACACAACUUCUGACCACAACCACACAACCACUGAUAACACAACUACUGACAACUUAACUGCUAACCACAAUUACUGACCACAACCACACAACCUCGGACCACAAACACACUUCUGCUUACCACAUAUAGUCACCACAACCACAACCACACAACUUCUGACCACACAACUACUGACCACAACCAUUCACUUCUGACCGCAAGCACACAACUGCUUACUAAAACCACACAACUUCUGAACACAACUUCUGACCACAACCACACAACCUCAGACCACUCAACUACUGACCACUCACUUGCUUACCACAACUACUGACCACAACCACACAACUUCCAACCACAACCACACAACUGCUGACCACAGUGUCUGACCACAACAACACAACUUCUGACCACAACCACACAACUGCUUAAAACAGCUAGUGACCACAAUCACACAACUACUCACCACAACCACACAACUUCUGAAAACAUAACGACUGACCACUCAUCUACUGACCACAACUUCUGACCACAACCACACAACUUCUGACCACAACCACACAACUUCUGACCACAACCACACAACUACUGACCACAACCACACAACUUCUGACCACAAACACACAACUACUGACCACAACCACACAACUUCUGACCACAAACACACAACUACUGACCACAACCACAUAACUUCUGACCAUCACCACACAACUACUGACCACAACCACAAAAUUUCAGACCACAUUUAGUGACCUCUGCCACACAACCACUGACAACACCCACUGACAACACCCACACAACUACCGACCCCCAACCACAACACUUCUGACCACAUCUGGUUACCACUACCACACAACUACUGACAAACAAUCACACAACUUCUGACCACAACCACACAACUAAUGACCAGAUCCACACAACUUCUGACCACAACCACACUACUGCUGACCACAUAUAGUCCUAACAACCACAACCACACAACUUCUGACCACACAACUACUGACCACAACCACAUAAAUAUUGACCACAACCAUUCACUUCUGACUGCAAGCACACAACUGCUUACUACAACCACACAACUUCUGACCACAUCUACUGACCACAACCACACAAUUCCUGACCACAACCACAAAACUGCUUCCCACAUCUUUUGACCACAACCACACAGCUACUGACCACAACCAUACAAUUUCUAACCACAACCAUACAACUACUGACAACAACCACACAAUUUCUGACAACAACCACAAAACUGCUUCCCACAUCUUUUGACCACAACCACACAGCUACUGACCACAACCAUACAAUUUCUAACCACAACCAUACAACUACUGACAACAACCACACAAUUUCUGACAACAACCACAAAACUGCUUCCCACAUCUUUUGACCACAACCACACAGCUACUGACCACAACCAUACAAUUUCUAACCACAACCACACAACUACUGAUAACACACCAACUGACAACUCAACUGCUGACCACAACCACACAGCUUCUGACCACAACCACACAACUUCUUACGAAAACCACACAACUACUGACCACAAACACACAACUUCUGACCACGACCACAAAACUUCUGACCACAACUACACAACUCCUGACCACAACCACACAAGUUGUGACCACAUCUAGUGACCACAACCACACAUCUAUUGACCACAACCACACAACUUCUGACCACAAACACACAAACUACUGAUAACACACCUACUGACCACUCAACUGCUGACCACAACUACUGACCACAACUACUGACCAAAUCUACUGACCACUAUUGACUAUAGUAGGGAAUUUUAAAUUAUUUCACUAUUCAAAUAAUAUAAUUAAACUACAACUUUUUUAAACUUCUUUCAAUACCACAAAAAUACAUUUAAAGAGCUUUAGCAAUUCCCACAACAUUACUAAUAAAGUUAGUAUCUAGUUCUUAAAUAGUAAAAAGCUGAUUUUGUCACAUUACUGAUGUGUGAGUCUAAAAUCACACCUAGGUUUUUAGCCUUCAGGGUUGCAAUAGUGCCAGAGAAUUUGACUAACUGUCUAGGCCAGGCUAUUGUGCAAUAGUGCCAGAGAAUCAGUUUCUCUCUAUGGGCCUCAGAUUUGUCUUUUUGUAGCUGUAGGAAGUUUUCUGAAAUCAUUUUAGUGAUCCUUUCUACUGCUUCUCGCUCUCCUCUCCAUAUGGCCUCGCCUCUCUCUCUCUCUCUCUCACACACACACACACACACACACACACACACACACACACACACACACACACACACACACACACACACACACACACACUCUUACUCACACUCACACUCACACUCACAAACACACAAACACACACACAAUAACAACACAGUCAACACAGUGUUGCGCUGUAUGUUGUCCCCGUGUCCCCCAGACCCUCCAGAUGGUUCCCCCUCCUGCUCUGUUCUGCCAGCAAUGAACUACUCCUCCCUCAACCUGAGCUGUUCAUGGCCGGGGGGGCUGCCCCCCCCUUCACUACGCUGGACCACAAACCUACAGGUACACACACACACACACACACACACACACACACACACACACAGAAAGGCUCCUAACAAUUUAAAUGAUUGUUAUUCUGGUUGUUAUUGCAUCAGGGAGGGGCGUGGCUUGGGGGUGAAGGGGCGUGGCCAGCCAACAAUGUCUCCGUACUGCAGUCUGGAUCCCAAACCUCCAACAACUCUCUGUUCACCUGCCUGGGGACGCACCCUGCUCUCAACACCUCCACACAAUGCACUGCACGGGCCUGUAAGUCUCUCUCUCACACACACACACACACACACACACACACCACACACACACACACACACACACACACACACACACACACACACACACACACACACACAUAUGGCACAGGCCUGUACAUCACACAAACGCAACACUGCCCCUAACUUGGCUCUCCCCUCUCUCUCUCUCUCUCUCUCUCUCUCUCUCUCUCUGUGUCUCUCUGUCUCUCUCUCUCUCUCUCUCUCUCUCUCUCUCUCUCUCUCUCUCUCUCUCUCUCUCUCUCUCUCUCUGUGUCUCUCUGUCUCUCUGUCUCUCUGUCUCUCUGUCUCUCUGUCUCUGUCUCUCUGUCUCUCUCUCUCUCUCUCUCUGUCUCUCUCUCUCAGGGUCUCCUUAUGGUGAACCAGUGUGUUCUGCUUAUGCCACCGGUAAGAACCAGUACCUGCUGCUGUCCUGCUCCUGGGAAGGUAACCACAACCACCACCACAACAACCACAACAAGAACCACCACCACAACCACCACCACAACCACCACCACAAACAACCACCACAGUCACAGCCACAACAACCACAACAAGAACCACCACCAUCAACACCACCACAACCACCACCACAACAACAACCACAGUCACAGCCACAACAACCACAACAAGAACCACCACCAUCAACACCACCACCACAACCACAACCACAACCACCACCAUCAACACCACCACCACAACAACCACAACAACAAUGACAUUCACAACAAUAAUAACAAUAAUAAUAUUGUUCUUGUAGGUGGGUCUCCCAGGACUGUGGUGUGGUGGGAGGGGCCUCAAGGAGAGGGGAGGGGCCAAGGAGUGGAGACCUCCAACAUCCUGGUACUUCGUUCUAACUCCACCCAGAAUGGACAGGCCUACACCUGCUAUGCCAAACACCCCCUAGCCAUACUCACCAGGACCUGCAGCCUCAGACUUGGUAAGCACAUACACACAAACCAAUAAGGUCUUACGGUUUCAGGUCAACUUUUGACGAAUCAUGGACAAACCUCUAUUUUUGACCUAUUUUGGACUGCAUUUUUCCCACGUGGUUACAGGUUUUGCAAUGGGGUUAAAACAGAAACAACUCGACGGUUAACAGUUUAGGAAGUAAUUCAGACUCAUUAAGGUUGGGGCUAAUGUUUGGGAUAGUAAAAAAUAUAAUAAUACGCUAUUUCACAUCAAGUAGAUUAGCGUCCAGCACUAGUGUUGUCAACGGCGAUGGCUGAGUGGAAUAAGCUGCUGCAUCACUGGUCCAAUCCCAGAGCUAGGCAGUCUUUUAUUUACAUUUUAUAAUGAGUGCAAAAAAGUUCAAUAUUUGACAUUUGGGGGACCUGAAUAAACAUCUAAUAUUAAAAUCUACAUUGUGUGAUCUCCCUCCUGUCACGCCCUGGCUCUGGGACUAUGUUAUGUUGAGCCAGGGUGUGUAGUUUCUAUGUGUUUGUGUUCUGUGUUUAAGUUCUAGUGCUUGUGUUUCUAUGUUGGCCGGGGUGGUUCUCAAUCAGAGGCAACGUGAAUCAGCUGUUGCUUGUUGUCUCUGAUUGGGAACCAUACUUAGGCAGCCGUUUGGGCAUUGUCAUUUGUGGGAUCUUGUUCCGUAUGGUGUGUAUCGUAACCAAGGACUUCACGUUUCGUAUCGUUUGUUGUUUUUGUUCGUUCAAUAAAUAAGUAUGUUCACUUAUCACGCUGCGCAUUGGUCCACUUCCUCCGACGAUCGUGACACCUCCACAUACAAUUUUUUUUAUUUAUUGUAAAGUGGUUAUCCCACUGGCUAUAGGGUGAAUGCACCAAUUUGUAAGUCGCUCUGGAUAAGAGCGUCUGCUAAAUGACGUAAAUGUAAAUGUAAAUGAUACACACACACACACAUUGAUAACAGUGAAGGGUAAUGUCUGAACAUAUCGAGAACAGUAAAGAGUAAUUUAUUAUUUUACAUUCUAGUAAUUUAGCAGACGCUCUUAUCCAGAGCGACUUACAGUAGUGAGUGCAUACAUUUUCAUAAAAUUAUAAUAGUCAUACUGUAAUGUAAUGUCUGAACACAUUGAUAACAGUAAGGGUCCUGGUACAGAGCCCUGUGGGAUGCCACUGGAUUUAACUAACAGUCUAAUAGACAUGUACUGGGUUUAACUAACAGUCUAAUAGACAUGUACUGGGUUUAACUAACAGUCUAGACAUGUACUGGGUUUAAUUAUCAGUCUAAUAGACAUGUACUGGGUUUAACUAACAGUCUAAUAGACAUGUACUGGGUUUAACUAACAGUUUAAUAUACAUGUACUGGGUUUAACUAACAGUCUAAUAGACAUGUACUGGGUUUAACUAACAUUGUAAUAGACAUGUACUGGGUUUAAUUAUCAGUCUAAUAGACAUGUACUGGGUUUAAUUAUCAGUCUAAUAGACAUGUACUGGGUUUAACUAACAGCCUAAUAGACAUGUACUGGGUUUAAUUAUCAGUCUAAUAGACAUGUACUGGGUUUAACUAACAUUGUAAUAGACAUGUACUGGGUUUAACUAUCAGUCUAAUAGACAUGUACUGGGUUUAACUAACAGUCGAAUAGACAUGUACUGGGUUUAACAGUCGAAUAGACAUGUACUGGUUUUAACUAAACAGUGUAAUAUACAUGUACUGGGUUAACUAACAGUUUAAUAUACAUGUACUGGGUUUAACUAACGUCUAAUAGACAUGUACUGGUUUAACUAACAUUGUAAUAGACCAUGUACUGGGUUUAACCAACUGUUUAAUAUACAUGUACUGGGUUUAAACUAACAGUCUAAUAGACAUGUACUGGGUUUAACUAACAGUCGAAUAGACAUGUACUGGUUUUAACUAACAGUGUAAUAGACAUGUACUGGGUUUAACUAACAGUUUAAUAUACAUGUACUGGGUUUAACUAACAGUCUAAUAGACAUGUACUGGGUUUAACUAACAUUGUAAUAUACAUGUACUGGGUUUAACCAACAGUUUAAUAUACAUGUACUGGGUUUAAACUAACAGUCGAAUAGACAUGUACUGGGUUUAACGAACAGUGUAAUAGACAUGUACUGGGUUUAACUAACAGUCUAAUAGACAUGUACUGGGUUUAACUAACAGUCUAAUGGACAUGUACUGGGUUUAACUAACAGUGAUUGACUCUCUCUCUCUCUCUCUCCCUCCCUGUGUGUUUGUAGAGGCUCCAGUCUUGUUGACCCAGCGUAGUGUGGUGUCUGUGUUUGAGGGCAGUGACGUCCAGCUCACCUGUAUCCUGCAAGCCAACUAUCCCCCGGCCAAUCAGAUCGUCUGGUUCAACAACCGCAGACAGGAAGUCAUACAGGUACAUGCCCUGCCCCCCUCUGAAUCUGGUGCCAAUGACCUGCUGCUAACUUUUUGGAUCUAGGCCAGGUUACUGUAAAGUACUUUAAGGCUCUGGGCUGAGCUACUGUAAAGUACUUUGGGUUCCAAGUUACUGUAAAGUAUUUUUAGGGUCUAGGCUGGGCUACCUUAAAGUACUUUGGCGGUCCAAGUUAGUGUAAAGUACUUUGAAGGUCUAGGCCAGGGUACUGUAAAGAAGUUUGGGGUCUAGGUUAAUGUAAAGUACUUUGAGGGUCUAGGCCAGGCUACCGUAAAGUACAAUGCAUGACCAAAAGUAUGUGAACACCUACUCGUAGAACAUCUCAUUCCAGAAUAAUGGGCAUUAAUAUCGAGUUGGUCCCCCCUUUGCUGCUAUAACAACCUCCACUCUUCUUGGAAGGCUUUUCACUAGAUGUUGGAACAUUGCUGCGGGGACUUGCUUCCAUUCAGCCACAAGAGCAUUAGUGAGGUCGGGCACUGAUGUUGGGCGAUUAGGCCUGGCUCGCAGUCGGCGUUCCAAUUCAUCCCAAAUGUAUUCAAUGGGGUUGAGGUCAGGGCUCUGUGCAGGCCAGUCAAGUUCUUCCACACCAAUCUUGACAAACCAUUUCUGUAUUGACCUCGCUUUGUGCACGGGGGCAUUGUCAUGCUGAAACAGGAAAGGGCCUUCCCCAAACAGUUGCCACAAAGUUGGAACACAGAAUCAUCUAGAAUAUCAUUGUAUGUCUCCUGAGUGGCGCAGUGGUCUAAGGCUGUGCCACUAGAGAUCCUGGUUCGAAUCCAGGCUCUGUCAUAGCCGGCCGCUACCGGAGACCCAUGUGGCGGCGAACAAUUGGCCCAGCGUCGUCCAGGGUAGGGGAGGGAAUGGCCGGCAGGGAUGUAGCUGAGUUGGUAGAGCAUGGCAUUUUCAACGCCAGGAUUGUGGGUUCGAUUCCCAUGGGGGGCCAGUAUUAAAAAAAACACACCCAAAAAAAUGUAUGCACUACUAACUGUAAGUCGCUCUGGAUUAAAGCGUCUGCAAAAUGACUAAAAUGUAAAAAUGUAUGCUGUAGCAUUAAGAUUUCACUUCACUGGAAAUAAGGGGCCUAGCCGAACCAUGAAAAACAGCCCCAGACCAUUAUUCCUCCUCCACCAAACUUUACAGUUGGCACUAUGGGGCAGGUAGCGUUCUUCUGGCAUCCGCCAAACCCAGAUUCAUCCGUCGGACUGCCAGAUGGUGAAGCGGGGUUAGGGUUAGGGUUAGAGUCCAAUGGUGGUGAACUUUACACCCCUCUACCCAACGCUUGGCAUUGCGCAUGGUGAUCUUAGGCUUGUGUGCGGCUGCUCAGCCAUGGAAACCCAUUUCAUGAAGCUCCCGACCAACAGUUAUUGUGCUGACGUUGCUUCCAGAGGCAGUUUAGAGCUCUGUAGUGAGUGUUGCAACCGAGGACAGACGAUUUUUACGCGCUACGCGGAUCAGCACACGGCGGUCCCAUUCUGUGAGCUUGUGUGGCCUACAACUUCACGGCUGAACCGUUGUUGCUCCUAGACGUUUCCACUUCACAAUAACAGCACUUACAGUUGACUGGGGCAGCUCUGGCAGGGCAGAAAUGUGAUGAACUGACUUGUUGGAAAGGUGGCAUCCUAUGACUUUGCCACACUGAAAAUCACUGAGCUCUUCAGAAAGGCCAUUCUACUGCCAAUGUUUGUCUAUGGAGAUUGCAUGGCUGGGUGCUCGAUUUUAUACACCUGUCAGCAACGGGUGUGGCUGAAAUAGCCGAUUCCACGAAUUUGAAGGGGUGUCCACAUACUGCUGUAUAUAUAGUGUACUUUGGGGAUGGGCUACUGUAAAGUACGUUGAGGGUCCAAGUUACUGUUAAGAACUUUGAGGGUCUAGGUUACUGUUGUUAAAAAAGGUUAUGAAAAUGUGAAGAACGUGAAGAUAUAUAGAUAUCUGCUUUGUCUGUUUAAUUAAAUGCAGACCUACCUGUGAUAAGUAGAGUUAAAAGGUGAUUGGUUGAUUGACAGGAAGUCCAGGAAGCCCUGGACACAACCAGGAAGUAUGUGCUGCGUCGUGCGGCUGCGUGGACCAACCUGACGGUCCUAGAGACAGAUGGAACAACAGACAGUGGCCAAUACUGGUGCUCUGCUAGCAACGCUGUGGGAGGGACCGAGAUCCCUGUUACGCUAUUGGUUAAGAGUAAGAUCCCUGUUACACUAUUGGUCAAGAGAAAGAUCCAUGUUACACUAUUGGUCAAGAGAAAGAUCCAUGUUACACUAUUGGUCAAGAGUAAGAACAAUAAAGCAUUAGUCUGUAAACACACAAAACAAAACUAAAAGGUUUUCUGAUGAACUGAAGGACUAUUUCAUUACUGUUCUACUGUACAUCCUCCUCCUCACAUCCCCUUCUGUCUCUCUGUCUCCCUGCGUCUCCCCCCUCUCAGGAUACCCCAUGCCCCCCAAUGUGACCCUGGUAAGGCUGGUUUACAGCAGUCGGCAGCGCAAAGAGGUGGAGCUGGAGUGGCUGAUGGAGGGAGAGGGAGAAGGAGGAGAGGGAGGAGGUCUGACUGGGUUCCUACUUGAGCGCAGACUGGAGGAGGCACCGGGGAGGAGGAGAGGAGAGGAGGAACAAGAGAAGGAGAGAGAAGAGGCUGGUGCAGCUCCUGCUGAACAAAAGGUGAGCCAGAAAGAGAGUUGGGGGGGCCAGAGAACACACAAUAAUACAAUGCUGUUGUUC